AAGAAAUUUUUUCGACGAAAAUAUUUGUUUAUGUUUUUUUCGCUUCGUUAUGUUUACUUACUUUUCGUUUCAUUAAUUAACCAUUAGUACUUAAUUUUUGUUAAAUGUUCGAAAUUCGUUAAUCACUUAUGGCCUCUGGUAAUCGUUCUUCUAAUAGAACACGAUUACAGGUAUGUUGUUAUUAUUGUCGAUUGGUGAUUACUUUUCUCUUCUCCCAUGUUGGUCUUUGUACUCUCGUCAUGGGCUACGCGUUUCUGGGCGCUGCGGUUUUCCAGUGGUUAGAAUCGGACAAUGCCAGGCAAUCGAGAAAAUUCCUUAGGCCAGUUAAAGAUCGACUGAUUGAGCGACUUUGGAACAUCACCGAAGGUCCGAACAUGCUUCGAGAUGACCUUUGGAAACAACAGGCCACCAUUCAUCUCAACGACUUUUCCAAAGAAAUGAUCACUUUGGUUCAACAAAAAGGAUAUGAUGGUAUGAGUGAAGAUACUGAAUCAACUCAAUGGGACUUCAUGGGAGCUCUUUUAUACUCUAUUAUUGUUAUGACGACCAUUGGCUAUGGAGAUACUGCUCCUAAAACGCUGGAGGGCAAAAUGGUGACCAUACUUUAUGCGAUUAUUGGAAUACCUUUGAUGUUGGUAUUCAUGUCGAAUAUCGGUGAUCUUCUUGCGAGCUCAUUUAAAUUCUUCUAUUGGAAAAUUUGUUGCCGUUAUUGUUUCCAACAAUCAAGAACUAAGGACAAUCGUCGUAAUAGAAAAGAGAAACAAAAAGAUCGAAGGUACCCUCGAAUGCCACCGAUUAACGAGAGACUUUAUUACGAAAGUCAUGGUACUGGAGGUGGUGAAAUCGCUUUAGGUCAAAUAACUUAUCAGUCGACCCCUGAGGUUCUCGGUGUACCUGUUAUACCAAAUCGAUAUGUUCUAGUGUCGGAACAGACUGAGAUCGGCGAAUCUACUGUAACCACCCCCAAGACUCCUGAAAAUGUCGCAAAUCCGGUGCUCGAUACUUAUGGAGGAUAUCGGGGUGUUUAUGGUACUCCAGGGUAUCCGUUGGCCGAACCCAGGGACUCAUCUGAAAGCGACACUUCCUCUGAAGAUGAAAUCGAGAGCAACAUCCCAGUUCUUGUCUGCCUGAUCAUCGUCGCCUCGUACAUUUGUGGGGGCGCUUUACUGUUCAGAGAAUUCGAAUUGUGGGAAUUCAGUGAAUCGGCUUAUUUUUGUUUCAUAACAUUAACGACAAUUGGAUUUGGUGAUAUGGUUCCAGCGAAAAGACAAUCAAAUGUUGAUCAACAGCAAAUCAUCAAUUUAAUUUACUCAGCUUUAUAUCUGCUCUUUGGAAUGGCCUUAAUGGGAAUGUCGUUCAAUGUGAUUAAAGAAUCAGUCACCGAGACAGUUCGUGGUAUCGGUAAAAAGAUUGGCCUAGUUAAAGGAUCUCGUAGUUGUUAAUAAUUAACAUGAUACUCAACAAUCAAUAGUCAAAUGGAAUCACUUUCAGCCAAAUUAAAUCAAAUUACAUCCAAAUUGUAAUUCCUAUGCAAUGUAACGGUAAUCAUAUUCGUAAUCGUAUUAAACAAAAGUUCAUAAUAAGCA